ACAGUCACGUUUUUCGUUUGGUACUUGGAAUCUUCAUAUCUAAGAAAAAAGUCCCAUCCUUCGAGAUGUUACUAGCUUUUUCGAGAUUCCCACUUCUUUGUAAAUAUAUUUCCUUGGACCUUACUCUCAAAACCCAUCAUCCUUUUAACCCAGCUCUGUUCUACCAUAUAUCCAUUAAACUUAGCUUCAUUUUUUACAUCUUUCUUCUUUCAUAAUCAAAUCAAUCCAGAAAGAGGAAAGUGGUUGAUUGUUAAAUACUCAAUCAAAUAUAAGCAAAGGUAUACAUAAAGAAGCAGAGGAGAGGAGGAAUAUCAAAAACUUUAAGGGGAUGUGCUUUGUAUUUGUUUGCGAUGAAGAUGAAAGAGUUCUACAAAGACAGACAGCAGCAGGGUCUUGUCCUUACUGUGGAGGAAUGAUUCAAGCUGUGGAUUUGGAGAGCCAGUGGAGACUCUGCUUUGUUCCGCUUUCUUUCAAGAAAAAACGUAAAUAUUUCUGCACCAUCUGCACUAGGCGUCUAGUUGUCCAAUAAUUAUUCUGAUUAUAUUUCUUGUUUCAAUCUCCCUUAUCUAUAUAUAAGUUGUAAGGAGAUAUCGUCCUGUAACUGUUACAACUUACAAGUUCUGAUCAUUUUAAGACUUUCUUUCUCUUUUA